UUAAAGCUUAAGCAGUUUGGCUCCAAGUGCGCCUCAUUAAUGUUACUUUGUGAUAAAAAUCGCGCGAAAUUCGCUACAAAAAGAAACGACAAUAACUGCAGACCAAGCAGCGAGGCCUACUAUGCAAGCGAGCAGUUGAUUGAAUGAUUGACCGAUUACAAAUACGUCGCUUGGGUGCAGCUGCAAGAAAUAAAAGAGCGGGUGGCAGCGGUGGCGGCGGCGGAGGUGGUGGUGGAGGUGGAGUCCCAGUUAACAUCUCAGCAGCAUCAGCAGGAUCUGGUGCAGGUGCAGGAGCAGCAGUGCGACCAGGAUCAGGAACGGUAACAGGAACUGGAGGAGGAGGUGCUGGCAUUAAUACGCCGGCCACUUGCAGCACCAGCUCCUCAAGCGGCAAUAGUCUGACAAUACAACAACAGCAGCAGCAACAACAACAGCAGUCUCAUCAUCUACGUGCCUCUCUGCAUCAACAUCAACAUCCGCAUCAACAUCCGCAUCAGCAUCCGCAUCCGCAUCAGCAUUCGCAUCAUCCCCAUCAUCAUUCACAGUUGCAUUCGUUGUCGCACUCGCAUCAACCGCCAAGUCAAUUCACCUUUAAUUUAUCUCCGGGCAGCAGUCCCGGUAAUAACUUCGGCCUUAGCCUUGGCUUUGGCCCAGGCGCCUCACGCAACGCAAGCUAUAACCAUUAUCAGAACGAUGCCACCACUAGUACGCUCAACAGUCCAACGACCAUUGUGAACUCGGGCAGUGGCGGCAGUGGAGGCAGUAGCGCCGCCCACGCAUUUCACGCCGCCUCAGCGAUGGGACCCAUGCUGGGCACUGGCGUACAGCAGGCGGCCAUGACGACGACGACGGGUAACGUGAGCGGAGCUGGUCCUGGUCUUGGUGGCAAUGCGACAACUGUGGGAGCGGCAAUAGCAGCAACAGCAGCAACAACGGGUCACAACAAUGGAACUGGCGGUGGUGGCCUUAAUCUGUUAGGUGGCGGCUGUGGAAUGAGCGGCAUGGGAGGAUUGGGUGGUCUAGGCGGCAUGGGUGGACUCGGUGGCUUGAGUGGGGGCGCCGGCAUGGGCAUCUGUGGUGGCAUUAGCAGCACUGUUGGCAGUGCGGCCAUUACCGGUGUGCCGCCCAUUGGACUCGGUAUUGCCACCGGCAUUGGCAAUAAGAUAAUGCUCGGACGCAAGCAAAGUCUGAAGGGCGGCGAACCGUUUCUGGCCGAUUAUGGACCAGAGGAGUCGCUGAACGAAAGUGCCGACAUUGAGUGGGUGAAUAAGCUGUGGGUUAGGCGACUGAUGCGCCUGUGCGCCUUAGUCUCCUUGGCCUCAGUCUCAUUGAAUACGCCAAAGACUUUCGAGCGGCAUCCGUCGUUGCAGUAUAUCACAUUCGUAUCGGAUACCGCCGUAACGUUGCUCUUUACCGCCGAGAUGAUUGCCAAGAUGCACAUACGGGGUGUGUUGCAUGGCGAAGUGCCGUACCUGAAGGACCAUUGGUGCCAGUUUGAUGCCUCAAUGGUUAGCUUUCUGUGGGUUUCCAUUAUACUGCAGAUCUUUGAAGUGCUGGAGAUCGUGCCCAAAUUUUCAUACCUAUCCAUAAUGCGCGCACCUCGUCCACUCAUCAUGAUACGUUUCCUACGUGUCUUCCUUAAAUUCUCAAUGCCAAAGAGUCGCAUCAAUCAGAUCUUCAAGCGUUCGAGUCAACAGAUCUACAAUGUGACGCUGUUCUUCCUCUUUUUUAUGUCACUGUAUGGCCUUCUCGGAGUGCAGUUCUUUGGCGAGCUAAAGAAUCACUGCGUGAUGAAUAACACGGGAUAUGAUCUGCUGGGCAGACCCGUGCUUACCAUCAAUUCACUUGCAAUACCGGACACCUUCUGUUCGAUGGAUCCGGAUUCGGGCUAUCAGUGCUCGCCGGGCAUGCGAUGCAUGAAAAUGGAUUUUCUUAGCAGCUACGUUAUCGGCUUCAAUGGCUUCGAGGACAUUGCUACGAGCAUCUUUACCGUUUAUCAGGCAGCCUCCCAGGAGGGUUGGGUGUUCAUUAUGUAUCGUGCCAUAGACUCGUUGCCUGCCUGGAGAGCCGCAUUCUAUUUCAGUACCAUGAUCUUCUUUUUGGCCUGGCUGGUUAAGAAUGUUUUCAUUGCGGUCAUAACGGAGACCUUCAAUGAAAUUCGUGUGCAGUUCCAACAGAUGUGGGGCGCAAGGGGUCACAUACAAAAGACGGCUGCCUCACAAAUACUGAGCGGUAACGAUUCGGGUUGGCGUCUGGUCACCAUUGAUGAUAAUAAGCACGGCGGACUGGCACCAGAAACAUGCCACGCUAUAUUACGCUCUCCCUAUUUUCGCAUGUUGGUGAUGACUGUGAUAUUGGCGAAUGGUAUUGUGACUGCCACGAUGGCAUUCAAGCACGAUGGGAGACCACGGCAUGUAUUUUAUGAACGAUAUUACUACAUCGAAGCUGUGUUCACGUUCCUGCUUGAUCUGGAGACACUGUUCAAGAUAUAUUGCUUGGGAUGGCGGGGCUACUACAAGCACUCCAUACACAAAUUCGAGCUGCUUUUGGCUGUGGGCACAACCCUUCACAUAGUGCCUAUGUUCUAUUUGUCCGGACUCACAUACUUUCAGGUGCUGCGAGUGGUGCGACUAAUCAAGGCCUCGCCCAUGUUGGAGGGUUUUGUGUACAAGAUUUUUGGACCGGGCAAGAAGCUCGGCUCGCUCAUAAUAUUCACCAUGUGCUUGCUAAUCAUUAGUUCGAGCAUUUCGAUGCAGCUAUUUUGUUUUCUAUGCGACUUCACAAAAUUCGAAUCGUUUCCGGAGGCCUUCAUGUCUAUGUUCCAGAUUUUGACGCAGGAGGCCUGGGUGGAAGUCAUGGAUGAAACAAUGAUACGAACGAGUAAAACGUUGACGCCACUAGUGGCCGUUUAUUUUAUACUCUACCAUCUGUUUGUCACACUCAUUGUGCUCAGCUUGUUCGUGGCGGUCAUUUUGGAUAACUUGGAGCUCGAUGAAGAUAUUAAAAAGCUGAAGCAGCUCAAGUUUCGCGAACAGAGCGCCGAAAUCAAGGAGACACUGCCUUUUCGUCUGCGCAUCUUUGAGAAGUUCCCCGACUCACCGCAGAUGACCAUUUUGCAUCGCAUACCCAACGACUUCAUGCUGCCCAAGGUUCGUGAGUCCUUCAUGAAGCACUUCGUCAUUGAGCUAGAAACCGAGGAUCCGGCACUUAUUGAGAGCUGUAAGCGACCAAUGUCCGAGUGUUGGGAGUCCAAUGUGGUCUUCCGUAAACAAAAGCCGGUGCGCAUCAUGAAUAAGACGGCGAAGGUGCGAGCGGCGGGCAGUAGUCUACGUAAGCUAGCCAUUACGCAUAUAAUUAACGACAGCAAUAAUCAGCGACUGAUGUUGGGCGACUCGGCUAUGCUGCCGGUCGUCGGCACGAAGGGAGGCCUUAAAUCUCAGGGUACCAUCACACAUUCGAAGCCUUGGCGUGUGGACCAGAAGAAAUUUGGUUCACGCUCUAUACGCCGCAGCGUUCGUUCCGGUUCCAUCAAGCUGAAGCAAACCUACGAGCAUCUGAUGGAGAAUGGUGACAUUGCGGCCGCACCACGUGCCAAUUCAGGGCGAGCACGUCCGCAUGAUCUAGACAUUAAGCUACUGCAGGCGAAGCGGCAGCAGGCGGAGAUGCGGCGCAAUCAACGGGAGGAGGAUCUGAGGGAGAAUCAUCCGUUUUUUGACACACCGCUCUUUUUGGUUCCGCGCGAGAGCCGCUUCCGCAAAAUCUGCCAGAAGAUCGUGCAUGCGCGGUACGAUGCCCGGCUCAAGGAUCCGUUGACGGGCAAGGAGCGCAAAGUGCAAUACAAAAGUCUGCACAACUUUUUGGGCCUUGUCACGUAUCUGGAUUGGGUCAUGAUUUUUGCCACCACACUUUCGUGCAUCUCCAUGAUGUUUGAGACGCCCAAUUAUCGCGUCAUGGAUCACCCAACGCUGCAGAUAGCCGAGUAUGGUUUUGUCAUUUUCAUGAGCCUGGAGCUGGCCAUGAAGAUACUCGCCGACGGUCUGUUCUUUACGCCCAAAGCAUACAUCAAGGAUGUUGCCGCGGCCCUCGAUGUGUUCAUCUACGUGGUUUCCACGUCUUUUCUGUGCUGGAUGCCCCUUAACAUACCGACCAAUUCGGCAGCACAGCUUCUCAUGAUUUUGCGCUGUGUUCGGCCACUGAGAAUCUUCACAUUGGUGCCGCACAUGCGUAAGGUUGUCUACGAGCUGUGUCGCGGCUUUAAGGAGAUCCUGUUGGUAUCCACGCUCUUGAUCCUGCUCAUGUUCAUUUUCGCCAGCUAUGGUGUACAGUUGUAUGGUGGUCGGCUAGCUCGCUGCAAUGAUCCGACAAUACCGCGUCGGGAGGACUGUGUGGGCGUUUUUAUGAGACGUGUGUUUGUGACGAAAAUGAAGUUGACUCCGGGAGUGGAUGAGUCAUAUCCGGCAAUGCUGGUGCCACGUGUUUGGGCCAAUCCGCGACGCUUCAAUUUCGAUAAUAUCGGCGACGCCAUGCUGACCCUCUUUGAGGUGUUAUCCUUCAAAGGUUGGCUGGAUGUACGAGAUGUUUUGAUCAAAGCUGUGGGUCCGAUACAUGCCAUCUACAUUCACAUCUACAUUUUCUUGGGCUGCAUGAUCGGCUUGACACUGUUCGUGGGCGUGGUCAUUGCCAACUACUCGGAGAACAAGGGCACAGCGCUGCUGACUGUAGACCAGCGUCGCUGGUGUGACCUGAAAAAGCGUCUGAAAAUUGCUCAGCCCUUACACUUGCCACCACGUCCGGAUGGGCGAAAAAUACGCGCCUUCACCUACGAUAUUACGCAGCACAUUAUUUUCAAACGCGUCAUUGCUGUGGUCGUUCUAAUCAAUAGCAUGCUCCUCUCCAUAACGUGGAUCAAAGGCGAGGUACACACGGAGCGUUUGGUCAUUGUCAGCGCUGUUUUAACCUUUGUUUUUGUCAUCGAAGUGGUUAUGAAGAACAUUGCGUUCACGCCACGCGGAUAUUGGCAAUCGCGGCGUAAUCGCUACGACCUGCUCGUCACUGUUGCCGGAGUCAUCUGGAUAAUUCUGCAGACUAUUUUGAGGAAUGAUUUGUCCUACUUCUUUGGGUUCAUGGUCGUCAUACUUCGCUUUUUUACGAUUACUGGCAAGCACACCACAUUGAAGAUGCUGAUGUUGACGGUGGGCGUUUCUGUCUGCAAAUCCUUCUUCAUUAUUUUUGGCAUGUUCCUGCUGGUCUUCUUCUAUGCCUUGGCCGGCACCAUACUCUUCGGUACGGUAAAGUAUGGCGAGGGUAUUGGACGUCGUGCAAACUUUGGAUCGCCAGUGACGGGCGUUGCAAUGUUAUUUCGAAUUGUCACCGGUGAGGAUUGGAAUAAGAUAAUGCAUGACUGUAUGGUGCAGCCUCCGUACUGCACGUUGGGCGGAAACUACUGGGAGACCGACUGUGGAAAUUUCACGGCCAGUCUAAUAUACUUCUGCACCUUCUAUGUCAUCAUUACAUAUAUUGUGCUCAAUCUUCUAGUGGCUAUUAUCAUGGAGAACUUUUCGCUAUUUUAUUCAAACGAGGAGGAUGCCUUACUUUCCUACGCAGACAUACGAAACUUUCAGAACACUUGGAACAUUGUCGACAUACAUCAGCGUGGUGUGAUUCCCGUGCGACGUGUUAAGUUCAUUCUGCGACUUCUUAAGGGCCGUCUAGAGUGUGAUCCGCAAAAGGAUCGACUGCUGUUCAAGUACAUGUGCUACGAGCUGGACAAACUGCACAAUGGAGAGGAUGUCACAUUUCACGAUGUCAUUAACAUGUUGUCUUAUCGGUCUGUUGACAUACGUAAGGCGCUGCAGCUGGAGGAGCUGUUGGCGCGCGAGGAAUUCGAGUACCUGGUGGAGGAGGAAGUGGCCAAGAUGACAAUAAGAACUUGGUUGGAGGGCUGCUUGAAAAAGAUACGCGCUCAGAAUGCCAGCAAGCAGCAAAACUCGUUAAUUGCUGGCCUGCGAGCGACCAACGAACAGCCUGUGAUGCGUCCCAACGUCCAGGAGGAUAAAACGCCCAUUGGCGUUGUGGACAAGUCGGCUAUAUCGACAAUUAGUGGUGCCGUAGCCGGCACCUGCCCGCCCACCAGUGACGCCUUUUCGCCCACCUUUAGCUCCACGGAGAACGAGGAGAAGGAUGCCAGCAGUAGUGCCGUGGGGCUGCCCCAUGGUGAGACGCAUACUGCUGCCCGUCAUGUGGUUGCGGCAACAAAACGUGCCUAUGCAUUAAAUCGUUCCGAUUCUACGGGCAGUUCGGCGGGCAGAAAAUUUCUAGCACCCACCUCCUCCGAUCCCCAACAACGCUCAACGCUCAGCGACAAGGAACGCUUGCAUAUCAGCAGUCAGCAGCGUAAAAAAAACUCCAUGACCACACUGCCGAAUAUGUCGGCGGCCCUGUACAAGCGGGAUGCCAUCAAAUCGUCGGGUUUCUUUGCGCAACUAAACAACGAAAUAGCACAGUUUCAUUAUCCGACAAUCAAUGCAGCAGCCGCCGCUUCUGCCGCCGCCGCAGCCGCCGCCAACCACUAUGCCGAUCAUCAUCAUGGCGCCCUCGGCAGUCCAUCGGGCAUGGUGGGUCACCUGAUGGCGGGCAGUGGCAAGCUGCUGCCUUUCAAUAAUCAGGCGAAUGCGGUGUACGAGGUUCAUGAUUGGUGGCAGGAGCAGGUUCUCUGCACCCAAACCAGCGACGAUGAGGUCUAAAGAUUAGCCAACUGACCAUAAAAACGCUAAAAUGCAACCACGCAGCCAAAGCCACAGCCAUUCACAUAAUGCAUGCGUUAAGCAUAUUUAUACAUAACCUUAAACCAUGUCUAAUAAUUUCAAAAAUCCAGAGGGUAUUACCAAUCCUCGCGAGAGAUUUGAUUUAUUUAAAAAAUUUGUUCUACCCUGUAUCCGAAUAUUGAAUGGGAAGGUUCCAAAUACAGACAAACCCCAGGUUAUAGGUAUGAGACGAACGAUGGAAACGUCUGUCCGUAUGAACAUAAAGAACUUUUGAACCAUAACAGCUAGGGACACUAAACAUACUUGUAUGCAGAGCAGUUUUAUCACAAAAAAUGUUUUGUUUAUAUGGCUCUGCAUAAGUGGAUAAACCAUAUUGUAAAGCUGUCACGGAAAUGGUUGGAACAACAAAGUUUAUUUCAGCUAAAAGCCUGUUGCGGCAAAAAGUGUGGGUACAGGGUAAUCAAAAGUCAGGCUGGCACGACUUUCACCUUCUAUUUUCAUGAAUUCGCGAGGAGUGUACAAAAUUAAGUAGAAUAGGAAAUAAUGUUAUUGAAUGCCUUGAAAGCUAUAUUUAAUUGUACGGAAAUUUGUCGAAAUUCAGAAGCAUGUCAUGAAGUAUUAAGUAUUAUAAUAUUCGAUUCGAUUAGAGCCGAUAACAAUUUGAAGCUUUUUCGGUAUUUCGACCAGAAAUUUAAUUAUGCUAACAAGAAUUCGUUUGCCAUUUAAUAAAACUACAUAGAAUAAAUUUUAUUUCCA